GACAAGUUAACUCAAAAAGGGGAUGAGUUAAAAGCGAUGGAAAAAGUAAUGGAAGUUUUAAGAGUAGAAAACGAAAAAUUGAUUAGUAAAAAAGAUAAUUCUUUACAGGAGGUGAGUGGUGAAUUAAAAAGAAACAGUAAAGGAACAUUUGGAAUAGAAUUCGCUCUCAAUAACGAAGAGUUUAUCAGAGAAUGUGAAUUUCCUAUAUCAUUUAAUCUGGUCAACAGAAAAAUUAAACUAUAG